AUGGAGACAUCUGACAAGAAAAAUAUAAAUCGAAUAAGAGCAGCUAUAAAAACAAAUUGUUUCUCUGAUUUCAAAAAUGCACUUGGGAAGAUCAAAAAUACUGACCUGCUACUUAAAAAAGGUAGCUUAUUGGUAUUAUCAGCAGGGUUAGAAAACGAGGCUUUUGUUAGAGCAUUACUUAAGAAGGGAUUCGAUGUGAAUAGUAGAAGCAAAUAUCAAAAGACAGCUUUAAUGAAAGGUGCAGAACAUGGACAUCUGAACGUAGUUAAAUUACUGCUGGAAUACAAGGCUGAUGUGAAUUUAAUAGACAACUACAAUUGUUCCGCCCUACAUGAAUCUGUAAGGAAGGGAAACGAUUGCAUAGAUAAAUCAUUGCUGACACACAAUGCUGAUGUAAACUUGAAUGUUGAUAUGGUAAAGUUACUGGUAGACCAUGAUGCAGAUGUUAAUUACGGUGAGGAAUGCACACCUCUAUAUAAAGCCUGUGUGGACGAAUGUUUAGAAAUUGUUAAUCUUUUGGUUGACGCUAAAGCUAAUGUGAAUAUACAAGAUAGUUAUGGAGACACGCCGUUAUAUAUAUCUGUUAUGAAUGGAAAUAUUGACAUUGUUAACCGUUUGUUAAAAGCUGGAGCAAACGUAAAUUUAGAAAGUAACUACAGAGUUUCGCCACAAUAUUGUAGCAUUAGCUUCAAAAACCGUAACAUCGAGAAAAAACAAGGGAGAUCCUCCCCUCUAUUUCAAGCUUGUAACAAAGGAUUUUUCGAAAUUACAAAAGCCCUAAUCGAUGCUGGAGCCGAUUUGAAUUUUAAAAAUGAUGAAGGAGAAACUGCGCUCUGUAGAUCAAUUAUUAAAAGACACUUUCAUAUUGUAAAGGUUUUAAUAGAGCAAGGCGCCGAUGUCAACCAUCACGUUGAUAGAACUGCAGAAACCGCACUUUUAUAUUCAGCAAGGGGAUGUCCCUCUGAAAUUGUAAAACUAUUAUUUCAGAAAGGAGCUGAUGUUAACUGGGUUAAUACAGAAGGGAAUAAUGCGUUAAUCUUAGCAUUAAACGCUGAACACAUAAAAACAGUUGACAUUUUACUAGAAAAUAAUCGUCAAACACCAAAUAAUUUGGGCACAUGUGUGUUGAAUUUAGUAUCAAGUGCAACUGUAACAAAUAAAUUAGGGCGGACAAUUUUUAUGUUAGCUGCUAUGAAAGGUAAUAAUAAAGUGUUAAUUGACAUAAAAGAAUAUAGUGAUCCCUCUAAGUUCGACGUUUAUGGAAACACAGCUUUUAUGUUAGCGGCCAUAAAUGGCCACCUGGACAUUGUACAGUUACUGUAUGAAGGUACUGUGGAUGUUAACUUUAAAGGACAAAACGCUCUCAUGUUAGCAGCUAUUGGUGGACAUGUUAAUGUGGUGAAGUGGCUGAUUUUUAAAGGGUUUAAUGUCAACAAAACAGAUUACCAUGGUAACACAGCUCUAAUGCUGGCUGGUAAACCAGAGGUUGUUGAGGUUUUGUUAAAAUAUAAAACAGAUGUCAACGUGAUAAACUGUGAUGGAAGGAAUGCACUGAUGGAAAUUCUAUCUAACUAUUCGCUACAAGAGUACAAUGUUUACAAUAUAGAAAAUGAUUCGAAAUGGUUAACAUUACUUUUAAAAAGGACUACUGAUAUAAAUUUAAGAGAUUAUAUAGGACAAACAGCAAUUAUGAAACUUUUAAAAAACAAUCAAGGAAUAAACCUCGUUAAAAUAAUUUUAAAGCAACACCCCGAUGUCAAUGUAAAAGAUAAUGAAGGAAUUACACCCCUAAUGAUAGCCAUAAUAUCAACAUUUCUCUCUGAUAAGAAAAAAGCGCUUAUGAAAUCAUUGAAGAGUAUUAAACUACUUCUUGCAAAUAGUAAUGAUAGCAUUAAUUAUAUAGACAAAGAAGGGAAUUCAGCUUUAAUGUGGGUAUUUAAAACAGACAUAUUUAAAUCAAAAGCUUUAGUACAAGAGCUACUUCGUCACGGCGCUGACAUCAACCAUCGCAACAAUAACAAAACCUCGGUGCUCAUGUUGGCAGUACAGAAGGGAUUUAUACCAGAAGGAAGGUAUAGGGACAUUGACAUGGGGGAUAGUGAAGGGAAGACGGCGUUAAUGUAUGCUGUAGAAACAAGCUAUAAUUCACAUAUAGUGCUGCAAUUGCUGGAACAACACAAGGCUGAUGUAAAUGUUGUUGAUAAUAAAGGGAAGACGGCGUUAAUGUAUGCUGUAGUAGGAGAAUGGCGUAAUAAACAUGUAGUGCGGCAAUUGCUGGAACAUCACACGGUUGAUGUAAACGUUGUUGAUAAUGAAGGGAAGACGGCGUUAAUGUAUGCUGUAGUAGAACAAUGGCGUAAUAAAGAUAUAGUGCGGCAAUUGCUGGAACAUCACAAGGUUGAUGUAAACGUUGUUGAUAAUAAAGGGAAGACGGCGUUAAUGUAUGCUGUAGAAACAUGGCCUAAUAAACAUGUGCGGCAAUUACUGGAACAUCACAUGACUGAUGUUAACUUUGUUGAUAAUACAGGAGAAACAGCGCUGAUAAAAGCUGUUAAAGAAGGUCGCUUAGAUUACGUCCUGAUCCUGUUGGAGCAUAAAGCUGACAUUUACAUCCAAGAUAAACAAGGUCGGACGGCGUUAAUGUGGGUUGCUAAAGGAUAUUCGAAUCAAUAUUUUAGUCGUGAUAUUACCAGAAUAUUACUAGAGACUGAACCAUCAGACCAAAACACACACCAGGUCAGUAGCCACAUGUCAGCUAUAGAUCAAACAGACAAUAAAGGAAGAACGGUUUUAAUGUGGGCUACUAAAUGUUGUGACUUAAAAGUCAUGGAAUAUUUGUUGGGUAGCGGGGUUAGUGUUUCACAGAUUGAUGCUGCAGUAAAGAAUAUACUGAUAACAACAAUAACACGAAAAAUAUAUUAUAAAUAUUGUAACCUAACUGCAUCUGGAAUCAAUCUUUGUAUGAACUUUACAUCAGACUUCCCCAAAAUGAGCAAAAGCAUUUUGUCUAGGGCAAAAAACGAAACAUAUUUUGAUCUUGUCGAUAAAUAUAGUAACACAUUACUAAUGUUGUAUGCAAGACAAGAGGGAUUUAGCAAUUUCAGAUACAAUGAAAACAUCCUUCUUAAAAUAAAACAGGAUAUAAACGCAGUAAACAAACACAACAAAACAGCUUUGAUGAUAGCUUUAGAAAACAGAAAAUACGAGUUUAUAAAACAAGUCUGUAAACUUUAUAAAGAAGAUGAUGUUGUGUGUCCUAAAGGUAGAACUUUACUCAUGAUGGCGGCACAAGCUGGUUUAGUUGACACUGUGAAAUAUUUGGUCAGUAAGGGGUCAAAGGUUAAUCGGGUUGAUAAGAAACAGAGAACAGCACUCAUACACUGUGCACUUGAUGCCCCUAUCAAGAAUACUUUUAGUAUCGUCGAAUUUUUAUUGACUCACGGUACUAAUGUUAACAGCUAUGAUUAUAAACACGAAACUGUCCUCAUAAAAAUUUUAAAACGUAGAAUCGAUGAAUACAUUUUUCCUAUCGUCAAGUAUUUGCUCGACCAUAAUGCACAAACACAAGUCGUAGACAGAGAUGGCAGGUCUCCGCUUAUGAUAGCCAUUAUACAAUUAGGUCAGAUAAAUACUCAAAAUCAAUACUAUAAUAAACAAGAACAAUUAAGACUGCUUAAUGAGGUAAUACAUCUCGUGAUUGAGAAAACUGAUGACGUCAACACUACAGACAACAAAGGCAACACAGCUCUAAUGCUGGCUUCUAAAUACGGGUUGAACUAUGUGGUCCAGAUUUUAAUAAACAAGACAGACGACAUCAAUAGGGUCAAUACAAUAGGUCAAACAUCUUAUGACUUGGCAUUAAAGAAUGGACAUUACAGUGUAGUGCAGACUUUGGUAGAAAACAAAGCAAAGGUUAAUACUAACGAUGUUUUAGAAUUUGUGUCAGUUUUUUCUGGUUUACACAAGUUACAUCAGAAGUCAAACUGUCCAGAGAACGGAACUCGUGACAUUGAAUUAUGGACAGCGUUUCUCAAUAAGUUGGAUCAACAGUCAGCUUUAGCAACCAACAGAGGUGAAAACUCGACACGUCACAUUUACACUUCUGGUGAGUAG